AUGGGUCCCAAUGCGAAACUGGAGACUCUCCUGCAGCUGUGCGCCUACACACUCUCCUGCCGCAACCGGGCAGUCUUCUUUGCUCGGGACUCUGGAGCGAAUCGUGGAGCAACAGCUAACUUCAGGUUUGUGGUGGACUUAGACACCAUCGAGUUGGUGCUGAUCGCCUGCGUUCGUGACCGUCUCUCGCAGGAACCGCUUGCAGAGGAAUGGGCUGCUGGCCAAAAGCGCCGCUAUCAGGACGAGCUCAAAGGCAUGUCAUGGGAAACAAGAACUCACGAGCUUUCGUGCUUGCUAGGCUUGCGCAUUCGGUCUUUCAUGCUGGAGUUGCCUGGGACAGUUCUGGAGGGUGUGUGUGAGCGUGGGCACCAGUUGAAGUUUUUCCCAGCGGUGCCGAAUGCCAAGCGGGAGCCAGAAGAUGCCAAGGAUGCCCUCACCACCUGGCUGCAACAGUUCGCAACUGUGCACCGUCUCCCAACCGACCCUGUCUGGCGCAGAUGCAAAGAGUUUUCUGACAUGUGCGACCCUGAACUGCGAGAGAUGUUGCUCGAAGGAGCAGGGCAUCAGCAUCCGGAUUCGCUUUGUCUCCGUCUUGCUUGGAGCACUUGGCCGCUCCCUCUAGAUUUCCGGGAUGGCACCGCAGCCGGUGAGCCACUGGCAUCCCAGGAGCCCUCGCGGGUGCAGGAGCUGGCAAAGUGCCAGCAGAGGUGCGAAGAGCUUUCCGAGGAGCUGGCCAUGGCCAAGGCCGAGCUUGGCGAGCUGAGAAAGGAGAGCACGUGCCCAGCAAGAGAAGUCCAAGCCGGAACGCAAAGCAAGAGAAGUCCAUCGGCAUUUCCCCCAGAGACCUUGCUGGAUGGAGCGGAGUUUCGCGCGAUGCUCGUCGAGAACGCAACCUACAAAGAGCGAUGCGAGCAAAUGAAGCUGCGGCUCGACAGAGCCGAGGCGGACUUAAGCCGCAAAACGGCGGAGAAUCAGCGCCUGUUGGUCGAGAGUGCAACCUUGAGGGAGCGUUGCAGGACUGUGGCACACCACCCUCAGAGUUUGAGGGAGGAGCGAGGUGGUGCCACAACAUUAGGCGCAGCUUUUGCAACGAUGAACCCAAGUGGAAUGGAGGCUUCCUCAAGCCAGGACUCCGACCCUGCGGAGCGGAUGGGCUUCAUGGUGGUGGAUGAUUGUGCCUCGUCGGUGUUGAGCCAAUCCUCCUGGUUCUCCGUGAAACCACACUGCUUCGUGACAGACGCCAUUUUCCGCACACGAAGUUGUGACAUCGAUUUCUUCUUGAUGGGGAAGGACCUGGUCAAAGGCUCUCGUGUUGUGGCUGCGGACAACGAGACCAUUCUGGAAGUUGCCGCAGCACCUGAGGUGUUCAAGAAGACCGCAGGCUUUGACCUACAAGCUGGGAAUGCAGCCCUGCGAGUGACCGCAGAUCACUUGGUGCUUGUCCCCGACCCACAAGCUGUGUCAUGCAGCGGCAUUUAUGUCAAAGCAGGCAAUCUCAAGGAAGGUGACCUUGUCAUGCUUGACUCGUGGGAGCCUGUGCCCCUGACUGGCAUGGAGGCUUGGUCCGGUGAGCAGGAAGUACUGAAGGUGGUUUUCCAGCCGGACCUGCCCAUCGCCGUAUUCUCGUGUCCGCCGUGCAUUCUCAGCAAGGGCCAGAAGAAGCAGCAGACACGUCGCGGAGGCAUGCGCCACAUGAACAGCCAAAGGGCAGGGGCAGAGCACGACCAGGCCGAAGAUGGGCAGAACAGCAUUCCCAAGACACAGGGCGCUUACACGGACUGA